AUGUCCGGCAAGCGAUCCCGCGCGACCUACGAAGCCGAUCUACAGGCGCAACAAUCGCCUUUUGUCCUCUUUGGCACACCUCUACCGCCACUCGACCCCGACGUGAGAGAUGAUGGGACCUACUUGCCCGUCUGGAAGCAGGAGGGAAGUUAUUUCAACACUGUAGGAUCGAAGGAGGGAUGGACCCCCUCGGCAUUUGUCUCCUCCCGGUCCAAUCGACGAAAAGAUGAUCAAAAGUCGGCGCAGCAACGGCCUGAGGAUUUUAUGGACGACGAGGAUCUGGCUGAUGCGGAGGAAGCCAGGAAGAUCCAGACUUCGCAAGGAUUUGCCGGUCUUGGUCUUACGGAGAAUGAUGCAAGGCGCGCAACGGGGCUUGCUGGCCUUUUUUGCGUCGAAGGCGAUACCAUGGGCACAAAGCUCUUGAGAAGAAUGGGCUGGCGGGAAGGCCAGGGUAUAGGACCCAAAGUACGUCGCGCGGCAGAACUGGGAAUGCAAUCUGCCGACCCAAAUGUCAAGACAUAUCUUUUCGCCCCGGAGGACGUAUCAAUGGUCAGCUUCGUCCGCAAGACCGACAGAAAGGGGCUGGGUUAUCAGGGACAUGCAAGGCUGUCUCCGAUUGAUGCGCCUUCCAAAGAGGACCGUGCUGGGGAGUCUGAUGAAGACGAGGAUGAGAUAUCAACUGUGACGGCGAGACAGCCUUUACAUUUCACGCACAAGGGUGGUAGAAAGGACAAAAAGCCUCGUGGUGGCAUUGGGAUUGGGAUCCUCAACGACACGGGCUCCGAUGAUGACGACCCUUAUGAAAUCGGCCCUCGUAUUUCUUAUAAUCGCGUCAUUGGUGGUAACAAGAAGAAGAAAAAGAAGGAAAGCGGCAGCGGACCUACGAACCCGUCACUCAAGUCAAAGCCCGUAUUCCUUCCCAAGUCGUCUUUAGCACGAGUUGCCCAGGGUGUUCGGAAAUGCCACGACGGGAGACUCCCUUUGGACGGCUUCAUAUGGGGGAAAGAGAGCGACCCGUUGGCGUCCGAGGUGAUUUCAGGAGGCAAAUAUCCACCGCCAGAAAUGCCACCUGGUUGGAAGUCCUCCAAGACUGCAACCGAAGCCACCGGGGUGACCCCCUAUACAUCGACUGCCGAUGCAGCGAAGGCAUCUACGCUGGACGCGAAAGCGAGGGCUGCGGCACUUGGCGAAGCCCAACUUCCAGGCAAGUCUGUGUUUGAUUUCAUAUCGUCGGCAGCUCGGGAUCGCCUAGUCCAUGCCACGGGCAGGACAGACCUCCCGCAAGGCCUUGGUGAGGUGCCUGCCGAAUUCGCAUUAUCGGAAUCGGAUAAGUUGCAAGAACUCCUCUCCAAUGUACCAAAGGUGGACAAAGAGACGGCCGUUGCUGCAAUCAGCCGUGGUAUCAACAUCGGAGGACCAUACGCAGACAAUGAAGCAAAGGCGUCGAGAUACAGGGCUUAUCUGGAGCAUCAGGCCGGCUUAGAUACUCCCUUACCCCGAAAACCGAGCGGUAUGUCGAACGACGACUGGCUACAAGAAUUCCAUGAGUUCUUUAGCUGCGCACGGAUUUUCAAGCCCAUGACUGGCUUCAUGGCGUCGCGCUUUACGACCUCCACUUCACCAUCAACUUCGAAGCUGUCAAGCGGUUCAAGUGGGCAAGGGGACGGUCAGAAUCUUAUCAACAAGCCAGCACCCAAACCAUCAGAUCCUGCAGAAGAAGCGGCCAAGCUCGGGAUGUACGGUCCUAUGACAAGAUCUGUGGCCGACUUCUUCCCCACGCGGCUUCUGUGCAAACGUUUUGGAGUGAAGCCACCGGCGAAUCUCCAGGCUGAUGAAGACGUGGGGUCCAACGAUACCACCAAGGCGGGAACAGCGUACAAUGCAGCGCAUGAGGCCUACGGAUCGAGCCGUGGUGGGCAGACUCUCCAGCCUCUCCUCGCCAUUACAGCCGGUCCCGCAACUCCUUCUGUCGGCAGGGACGCUACAGCGACUCAAGGGCUUGACCAGCCCGCGGCUGUAGCCUUGCCAGACAAGCGAAAUGAGACCGUCGACGCGAGCAGGAACGAAGCUUUGGAGGGCAAGCGGGCAGGAGAGGAAGUGUUCAAGGCUAUCUUUGGCGAUAGCAGUGAUGAGGAAGAAGACAAGCUCGACGACCAGACCGCCACAUUGUCCGAUUCGCAGAACGCCGGAACAGGACAACCUACGUCCGCCGGCCAGAGGAGAGCCGAAGCAGAAGAGCCCGCACCGAUAGACGAGCGGACUACCAUUCCUUUCACACAAGAAGUCAAUCAUUUCCUCAAGGCCGUGCCUGCAGCAGAGCGCCAGCGCAGCCCGCCGCCGCAGUACCCUGCCUCAGAAACCUCGGAAGCGUCAACCUCGUUUCGCCCGGGACCGCCGCCUUUCAGCGCUCUCUUCGCAUCGUCGCUCGAGUCGAAUCCCGACCCGGCUGGAGUCCUCGAACCGUUCAAGCCUCUCGCCUCAGACGCGUGUGCAAGCCCAGUCGCUGCUGCUCCGGCAUAUGCUACGAUAGCAUCAUCAUCGUCGGAACCAUCGUCGUCUAUCCAGGAAGAGACUAAGCGCGCCCUUCCGCCAGACCACAAGCCCGAGGGAGAAGGAUCCAAGAGCAAGGACGACGAAGCAGAACCGCCACCAGCCUACUCGGAGGGAUCCAGUCCCCUCCACUCGUUUACAUACGUCAUGGCGGCAGCAGGAGGAGCGUCGAGUAUCAUUACUCAAGUCCAGCAAGGCGGCCCGCCCAUCAAUGCAAUCGGAGAUGUCGGUGCGGACGAAACCAUUACGAUGGACCUACGGGGAACACGCUUCGUGCUUUCUAGAGACGAGCUGCUGACACUGCCCGAAUUCGUCCUGCUAUCUCUAUUCCCUAAUGGGCUUUUCCCUGAAGGACAUAUGGGUGGCUUUGCCGAGGGCGAUGCUGUUCAAGUCGACUAUGAUCCCGCUUCCCUCCAAUACAUGCUAGACUUCUUCCGCUCCGUGGCACAGUCUAUACCCACAGAGUCGUCUCCUAGUGCGUCACAGGACGGUGAUGCCGUGGAUGCUCUGGGAGGUGCAAACCGGGAGGAGUCGAAGAGGGCCGGUAUCAUCGUUCUCCGUGAAGACCUCGACUUCUACGCGAUCCCGCCUAAAGCCGACAUCAGUCAGGCUGAGAUGAUCGAGGUGAAACGAGCAGCGGCCAAAGCCCUCCUGAAGCAGAAUGGUAUCUUUUCCGGACUCAAGCGUAGCGACGAGCCAGGUACGACCGAGGCUCAUCUCAUUGAGAUGCUUACAGCUGGUGGAUUCAACCAUGACGACUCUUGGGGUCACCGUGCUGGCGAGCCCAACAAGGCUGUCGUCUGUAGUUUGGCGCUGGCGCGGCUUCGGUCCGAUAUCAGGGGCAACGACAUGGGCAACAACGCCGUGGGGAUGGCUCAGAAGCUCUUGCUCUUCUGGCGGAAACCGGCUCGGAGAUGCUGGUGGGAGGGCGUUGAGCUCGAGGAUGUCGAGGGUGUGGAAGGCAAGCUCAAGGUCUGGAUCAGGCGGGUGUGGACGCUGGAGAUGAGCGUCAUCGGCCUUCGCUGA